AUGGCGUCGCAUGACAUCGCCGAAGGCUGUUUUGAAAAAAUAAGGCAAAUUGACUCGGAAAAAACAACCAUUGAUCCCGAGACCUCGACAGAGUUGACACCGUCAAGCUGGGUCGGGUGGCUCGCAGCAAGGAAGAGGGUGUUACUAUUUGCGGCCGACAUCUGGUCUCAAGUCGCGAUAAGCAUACGUUUGCUCGACGUCGAUCUCGCGGAGGUAUUGGCCAAGAUGAGGGAGGGGAAGGAAAGGAAGGGGAAUGGCUGUAGCGUUUUGGGGCUCUGCGUAGGGUUGCAGAGGGGUUUGAUUCUUGGAACGACGAUAGUGAGGUGUUACUCUUCCUGA